AUGGGAAAAGGUUUCAACAAUUAUAUGACCAAAAAGUUCUUCCAUCCUGGGAAUAAGGAAAAUUUAAAAAGGGUGUGGAUGGCUGAGCAAAAAGCAGACUUUGAAAAAAAGAAGCAGGAGGAACUUUUGACGCAAUACCAGAGGGAGCAGGACAUGUAUGCCAACAGAGCCCUCCUUGGAGAUGAGAAGGCAAAAGUUGGUUUAAGUUUCAUGUAUGAUCCUCCGCCUGGCGCCAGAAAAGAGUACAAAUUUGAAUGGCAACGAAAAUACAAUGCCCCGCGAGAAGAAUACCUGAAAGGCAACGAGGCCAUCAUGGACCAGCCAUUUGGCAUUGAAGUAAGGAACGUAAGAUGUAUCAAGUGCCACAAGUGGGGACAUGUCAACACGGACAGGGAGUGCCCUUUGUUUUCUGUUAACUGCACGAUGGAACCACCCCAACGUACGUCAGUCUCAGAGGAAACUGCAGAUGAAGAUCCAGAGGUUGCGUUCUUUAAGAGCCUCACAUCCAAACAAAAGAAAAAAUUAAUCAAGUAA